UUGUGUAGGAGAGGCAGAGACGCCGUGACGCCUAGCUCUCUCAAGCGCUUUGUCCCGCCUUCUGCUAUGCUUUUGUGCCCUAUUUCUGCAGGUGCGACCCCUGUGUACACCUGUGCUGAGAGACACUGACUGAAGUAAGCGACAGUGACUGUGGUGGAAGUCUGUGACCUGUAAUUUAGGGGUAAAACUGUGUGCAGCACAGAGGUGGCGUCCACCCCUUGUGCCCUCUCCUGCCCCCGUGACCUUGAACUUCACGUGUGUGGUUUCUGUCAAUAUAAGGCAGUAAAGAACUCCAAUAUUUGCUUGCACCCUUCCCGUGAGUGUGUGUGAACAGCCAGACAGUACGGAAAUAGCCUGAUGCUGUCACAGAAAACUUCUUUGGUCUUGUCUUGAUGAAUUGACCACAUAUGCAAGAGGAUGCAACUGAAGAAUAAUCGCAGCCUCUUGAUGUCAUUUCACAUCUUGUGAUGUCUUCUCAGGCAGCCAAAGCAGAACUGAUUGGUUGGCUGCAAGCCCCUACUUUUACAUUGUCAAGCAGUACUCUAGAAUAUUCUUAGUCUUUCUAGAAUGUGUUCUAGAAUCUUCUCAAUGUUAAUUAAUAAAGAAUAAAAGAAUAAAGAAUGUAAGGAUUAAAAGAAGAAAAGGUUAAAAAUAGAUCAGAAUGACUGGCCACGUGGGCACAUGGUAUGAAAUAUAUGAAUAAUGAAACACACCGCACGUGAAAUGAAAUAUAUGAAUGAUGAAUAUAUAUAAUAGCAAUUGUCAUGACUGAUAGUUGCCAUCCCCACUAAAAAGGCGUCCUCGCAUGUGACAUUAAAAAAAAUAAAAAAAAUUGAGAGCAAUAAGAUAUGUGCAGUUAAUAGAUAAUAAAUGACAUCAUCAUAGAGAGAGUACGGAAAUGAUAACCUUAAUAAUAAUAUACAGACAUGACAACAGAAUGUAAUACAUAUACAACUCAUAUAAUUAAGAGAAGUAUAUACAUACUCGUAUAUACGGGAUAUUGAAACUGAAUGGUUAAACCUUAGAGUGGGAAUGAAGUUUCAGUCUGUAAGAAGGUGUGUGUGUGUGGUUACUCUUGAGGAGCUUUGAGGAUCAGCUGAAUCAAAAUGAAGUGUUAACUGAUGUGCACACUCAUCACCGAACAUUUUGUUCACACGCUUCAAAUAAUCAACAUGGACGAUUUUUUCAACUAAGGUUUUGAGAUCUAGAAUUUUUGCUUUGUGGCCAUGGAAAUAUUCGAUUACAUGAAGUGGUCCAGAGAAUAAUGGAUUUAAUUUAGAGUUGCGAUAGUGAACUCUGGUAAAGACGAUACCACCGACUUCGAUGGAUGACUCUGUUGCUCUCGGUUUCCGAUGCAGUGAGGCGAUGAAUGAGCUUAUGAGUGUACUGAAAAUCGCGGAGACGACAGUUGAUGUAGUCAUCCAUGUUGUAGACAGCAGUCGACGCGCUGUGAAGAAAUUCAUAUGGAAGACGCUUAUUGAUACCAAACAGCACGAAAUGGGGAGACUCAUUGAUAGUGAAGUGAACUGCUGAGUUUAGAGAGCAGGCUGGCUGAGGAAGCCAUUCAUCCCAUGAGUGUUUUGCUUUUGUUAUGUAAUGCAGAACGUCAAGGAUACCUAUAUUACAACGCUCUACUUUGCCGGUUGAACUGGGCGAUUGAGGGACAAUGUUACAUUUCUUGUUAUGAAAUCCUUUACAAAUCUCCUGUAAGAUAGCGAAGACAGUCAGUUAGAGGUGAGAAGUUGAUGAGACGAAAAGCUUUUGAUUUCAUUUUGUCUAGAAGAGCAGUAUGAGUGGAACCCCCCCCCCCCCAGACAUGUGAAGCAUACUCCAUACAUGGACGGAUAAGGCCCUUGUACAGAGUUACCAGCUGGGGGGAUGAGAAAAACUGGCGGAGACGUCUCAGAACGCCUAACUUCAUAGAAGCUGUUUUAGCUAGAUAUGAAAUGUGAAGUUUCCAGUUCAGAUUAUAAGUAAAGGACAGACCGAGGAUGUUCAGUGUAGAAGAGAGGGACAGUUGAGUGUCACUGAAGAAGAGGGGAUAGUUGUCUGGAAGGUUGUGUCGAGUUCAUAGAUGGAGGAAUUGAUUUUUGAGGCAUUGAACAAUACCAAGUUUGCUCUGCCCCAAUCAGAAAUUUUAGAAGGAUCAGAAGUCAAGAGUUCUGUGGCUUCCCUGAGUGAAAUAUUUACUUCCUGAAGGGUUGGAUGUCUAUGAAAAGACAUGGAAAAGUGCAGGGUGGUAUCAUCGGCGUAGGAGUGGAUUGGACAAGAAGUUCGGUUUAGAAGAUCAUUAAUGAAUAAUAGGAAGAGAGUGGAUGACAGGACAGAACGCUGUGGAACACCACUGUUAAUAGAUUUAGGAGAAGAAAAGUGACCGUCUACCACAGCAGCAAUAGAACGGUCAGAAAGAAAACUUGAGAUGAAGUUACAGAGAGAAGGAUAGAAGCCGUAGGAGGGUAGUAUUUUGAAGCCAGAGUCAGGUUCCACCCCCUUGAGAAAUGUUUUUGAUUCAUCCACGCAGUAUUGCGGACACAGAUUGAAUGAGUAUUGGGCUAAGGGGCCAAACAUGUUGAGCAGCAUCAUGGGUGUGUUACUGAGGUUCAGGGAGGAGAUUGUGGGUAUUGUGGGUGAUAUUAGUAAAAUGUACCAUUCAGUAGGAAUGAGUGAGUUUGAUCAGCACGUUCAUAGAUUCCUUUGGAGAGGCAUGAAUACUUCAAGAGAACCUGACCAUUUUAUGUUAACUUCAGUAACAUUUGGCGAUCGUCCCAGUGGCGCUAUUGCGGUUAUGGCUUCGAGAUACACAGCUGAGACGAAUAGAGAAAAAUUUCCACAUGUUGCCGAGUUGAUUAAGGAGAAUACCUAUAAGGAUGAUGUGAUUAAAUCUGUUCACACGUUUCCGGAGGCACUUGCUCUGAUCUCAGAUACUGAAACUGUGUUAAGGGAAGGUAAUUUUCAUAUAAACCAUCGGACUGCUAAUGGGGAUGGGCACAGUCCUAAUAACACAAACAUACUGAAUGUAAGCGAUGCCAAGGUGUUAGGUUUGAAAUGGCUUCCUUCACAGGAUAAUUUUGUAUUCACUGUGUCUGUCAAUUUUUCUAGGAAAAGAAAGGGAGUGCGUCUGUCUCCAGGAAUGACUAAAGAUCAAUGCUUGAUCGAGUUUCCACAAACCCUCACACGGAGAAUGGUUCUCAGACAGGUAGCAUCCAUUUAUGACCCUCUUGGAUUUCUGCUUCCUGUCACUUUGAAGGCUAAAUUAUUGAUGAGAUCUUCAGUCAUGAAAGAGGAGAGAAUAGACAAGGGAAAGCUGAUAGAUUGGGAUGAACCUUUAGAUGAGGAAAAUGUAAAGGCAUGGCAUGAUUUUUUCUUAAGUUUGUAUGAUGCUGAGAAAUUGUCAUUCCCAAGAUGUGUGAAACCUGUAAAUGCUGUAGGUCAGCCGAUGCUGAUUAUUUUCUCAGAUGGGUUAAUGGUGGCAUAUGGAUGUUGUGCUUAUGUGAGAUGGGAUUUAAGCACUGGAGAUUAUGAUGUAAACAUUCUAGCAGCAAAGAAUUGUAUCGCCCCUAUUCGGCAGAUAACCAUACCAAGGAUGGAGCUAUGUGGUGCUGUUUUGGCUUGUAGGUUGCGUCAGUGCAUUGAAACAGAAUCUCGGUACCAGUUCAAGGUAGUAAUACAUAUUGUAGACUCCAUGAUAGUACGUUUGCAGAUCCAGAAAGAGUCUCAUGGUUUUACAACAUUUGUUGCCUCCAGAAUAGAAGAAAUUCAAGAUAAAACUAUGACUACUGAUUGGUUUUGUUUAGAAUCUAAACACAGUGCAGCUGAUCUGGUGACAAAACCUCAUGAACCUUGCGUGCUAGAUAAAGAAUCUGUGUGGUGUAAAGGUCCUGAGUUUUUAUAUACACCCUUUGCCGAAUGGUCAAAGAUGUGAACAUGAAUUGCCAGAUAGGAAAGCUGUAGUUCUUACUAGUGUAGCUAAGGAGGGAUUACUGAGUGACAUAAAUUUAGGAAAUUUCAACAGCUAUCAGAAGUUAUUGAAGGUUACCAGUAGACUAAUAAGAUGUGCUAAAGAUAGAUCAUUCAAGGGACUCUUUGUUAAACCCUCUGUAGAAGAAUUAAAGUCGGCAGAAAGUCUGUGGAUAAAGGCAGCACAGUUAGAUUUUGGUGAUUGGAAAGUGAGAUUUAAAACUCUGUGACCUACUCUUUCGGAUGGAGUAAUAACGGUGUGUCAGAGAAUAGCAAAAUGGUUGAAAGAUAACUGGAACCAAGAAAAAUUCAUAUUAAUGCCUUCUGCCCAUGCUUUCACAAAAUUAUACAUGACAUAUAUUCAUCAGAUUGAUCAUGGGGGAAUAGACUCCACACUAGCAACGCUACAGUCAAGGUUUUGGGUCCCAGGAGCUAGGAGAAUAUUAAAAUCAAUAAAGAAAAAAUGCGUGAUGUGUAGAAGAUUUGAAAGAAACAUUGAGGAUCAAUGCAUGGGCCAAGUCAGUACUGAACGUAUGAAGCCAUCACCUCCAUUCUACCACACUGUUGUUGACUUGUUUGGCCCGUUUGUUAUAAAGGAUGCUGUUAGACGCAGAGUUCGUGGGAAAUGCUUUGGGAUUAUUUUCACUUGCUUGGAUUCAAGGGCAGUGCACCUGGACAUCACUGAAAACUACAGCACUGAGACGUUCUUGGGUAGUUUGAGGAGAUUUGUUAGUAACAGGGGUUAUCCACAAACCAUUCAUUCAGACAAUGGCACACAGCUGGUUGCUGCUAACAAGGAGCUACGCGAGGUAGCUAAAGAUUUGGAUUUAGAUGUCGUAUCCAGAUUUGGAAACAGUAAUGGUAUACAGUGGUCAUUCAACAAGUCCAGUGAUGCCCCAUGGUUGAAUGGCGCUUGUGAAAGCUUGAUUAGACUUGUGAAGAAUGGCAUAUCAAAAUCCAUAGGAGAUGGCAUUCUCACUUUCAGUGAACUUCAGACUGUGGUGUAUGAAGUGGCUAACCUGUUGAACAGUAGACCAAUUGGCAUUAAACCAGGAUAUGAUGUUGAAUUGGGAAUAUAUUUAUGUCCAAACGAUUUGCUAUUAGGACACAAUAACAUGGGAGUGUCUCCUGGCAUACUUAGCAAUGAUGUAGGUUCAAAGGUUAGAAUGGAUUUUAUACAAAGUAUAGUAAGCUCCUUUUGGAAAAGGUGGCAACGGGAUUAUUUUCCUACACUGCUUGUGAGACAGAAAUGGCAUGUGGAAAGGAGGAAUAUGAAACCAGGAGAUAUAGUGAUUGUCCAAGACUCCAAUCCCAUCAGGGGCAAGUGGAGACUGGCUCAGGUUACUAAAGUAGAGCAGGGCAGAGAUGGCAAAGUAAGAGAAGUUCAGUUAAGGUACAAAUUAUGUAAAGAUGGUGCUGACUAUAAGGGUGUUAGGGAUAAAACAAUGUGUAGAUCUGUUCACAGACUGGUGGUAUUACUUCCUGUAGAAGAAUUGUAAAGGUUAUAUGCAUCUUUCUUUGGAGGUGAGAGUGUAUCAUGAAUGAUAUUUAUGGGUUUGUUGUAUUUCUGGGAAGGGUUGUUUCCACGUAUGUAGUGUGUCUAUUGUUCGUUCGCUGACGUGGCAGCGUCUCGGUGAUACCAGUCAGGCAGGCCUGAGCCAGUCCUGCCGCUCCACACCCCUUGGAUAGGUCACCCUGCUACCGUGCUGCUCGUAGGCAAGGUGACGGUGACUUUGUCUCUUGUGUGUUUGGAUGUGGUGGAGUAAGGUGCCCACGGUGUGGAGCCGGUGCAAGGGCCUAGGACUGCUUUGGGAUCCCCAGGACCAGUAGUGUUACGCUGCAUGGUAACACUCCGGGUGGUAACGAGUGCAGAUUUGAGGCGGCAGUCCAGCACGGCUUAGGACGAGAGUGCUAUAGGGCCACCGAAGUAUGUAUGCCUUUCAGUGUGUGACUAUUUACAUACGUGUGUAUAGAGAUAUUAAUCCGGGGAUCUGGUACAUUUUCAUUACUUCUCGGGGAUUUUUCAUCACUACCAGCAUUAAUAGAGUGAUGAUUGGGGUUCGGUCAGCACUGGGUCUGUUAUGAGAUUAUCAUUGUGAGUUUUAUUUUUAUUGUAUUGGCCAGGACCACAUUGUCAUUUACAACUGUCUUAUUGUAAUGUAAUUUACAGGUUGAAAUUAAACAUUUGA